GGGAUGAAGUAACGGUUGCAUCUUGGAUCAUUCACGAUCAUACGUUUCUCGAGGAAGUAUGGACAUUGCUACACAGUGAGCGCCAGUGAUGGUGUGACUGACAUUUGCUUGCCAUGCAUUAAGUACUGUGUUGAACCUUCAGAGCCUACAACGUAUGCAUGCUUUUGACAUAAGGGUGUGUAGUUCACGUUGUGUUUUUAAUCAGCUGAUGCUGAUUGAGAAGAUUCCUGCAAAUGAGACGUCAUCGAUAAAUGGGCAUGGAUGAACUGGUUCCGGUAUCGGACGUACAGAGUCUUGUUCCCUCGAUACAGGACAGGAGCUGAACUGCUGCAAUGACUGGAUUAACUUGUUUCGCGUUGACGUCGGACAAUGAUACAGCGGCAAACGUCACCGACGUCGACAGCAACAACACCUCCAUUGCCGAUGAUGAGUGGCAGAGACUAAUUAAGAAGUACAACAUACAACCACUCUCCGAGACGGGUUCUUUCGCAUGUGGAAUGUAUCUACUCAUUGUUGGUAUAAUAGCUACAGUGGGCAACUCCAUGGUCAUUCACGUAAUGUACAAGUUCAAGAAGAUGCGGACCAACCCCCAGAACCUCCUCAUCUUGAACCUGUCGAUGUCCGACCUGGGGAUCUCCGUCGUCGGUUACCCCCUCACGACAGCGUCUUGCUUCGCCAACCGCUUCCUGUUUGGAGAGGUCGGAUGUGUCCUCCAGGGCUUCUUGACCUUCACCUUGGCUCUGUGCGCCAUGAAAACCAUGACCUGCCUGAGUGUCUACAGGUAUAUCACCAUAUGCCGGCCACAUCUCAAAUGGCGCUUGAACAUCGAGCUGACAAAGAAGGUCAUCAUCUUUCUGUGGGCAUAUUCGCUGUUUUGGACAUCUCCCCCUCUGGUUGGCUUCAGCUCAUAUGUAUUUGAACCCUUCGGUACCUCAUGUAGUGUCAACUGGACCCUUAGAUCCUGCCCUGGCAUCUUCUACACUCACUGCCUCAUCCUCUUCUGCUACAUCACCAACAUCUCCAUCAUCGGAUUCUGCUACCAAAGGGUCGUGGCGAAGACGAGCGAGCUGACUCGCAAGAUAAACGCCAGUCGGGGUCAUCCCUUGAACAUCAACGAGGCGCUUGAGGUCAGGUGGAUGUCAAAGGAGGCCAAGGUCACACUGAUAUCCAUGGCAAUGGUUGUAUCAUUCGCAAUCAUUUGGUUCCCAUAUGCUUUGCUGUCUCUCCUCAUCAUCUACGGGGUGAAGAUCCCAACGGCGUACACCACGCUCCCCACGAUGUUCUGCAAGUCCUCGUGUAUGCUCAACCCCAUCAUCUACUCGGUCUUCAACUCAGAGUUCCGGAUGUAUGUCAUGCGCAUGCUCACCCGGAAGCGCCAAGUCGGAGUUGAGAUGAGCAGACGCCAAACACUAAGGAAGUUUUCCAUGGACAAAACACACGAGGGCAUCUACAUCGGCAAGGGGGCGGUCACCAUGCUAAGAGACAGGAACCUGUUAUUCUGAAGACGAGUCAUGAACAUUCUUACUUUGGCUUUCGAAAAACGACGGCCAAACAUUCGGCAGACAUUCAGUCCAGCGUAUGGCGUGAAUGCCAGAAUUAUUUCAUAAAACUCUCAUUACGUUCUGACUUAACCACUGGGAGAGCAAACAACCAACCUUGACAGCAAGUGAAUUCAUUUACACUAGUAAUCCAAACUCAUCAGUAUAACAGAGGUAUCGCGGUCCGCGUUAAAUCUAUACGGCCGGGAAAUGAUCCAUUCAUGCCAUCUGUUCGGAGAAACGUGAGAGUCUAAAUCAGGGAGUUGAUCUUCUGAGUAGAGCUCCAUCUUGUGAUGAUGGACGUAGGGAAACCGCUCCAGGCAGUCCUACACAAUUGUGCUGUACAGGAAUGAGAUCAGCUUAGUGUACACUGUCAAGUAACAUGCAGAUCUCUCUUCCGGCCAAGUCGGUAAAGUCUUCAUGCGGUCCUCAAGUUUCAGAGGCAAAGUCGUCAAAGGCGCCGGAGUUGCUGCGCAGAGUUGCGUCCCUUAGGUGGUCCAGAAGCCCGUGAUUGUGGGUUCAAAUUCGCCCUGAUAGUUUCUCUAAGUGGGGUUUAGGUGACAAGAGUCAAACUUGUUAGGACAAUUGUACCGAGCCCACCUCCCUUAAAGAACAAGCGGUUUUGAAACAUUCCUGGGCAGGAGAUCUGAGAUUAGUGUACAAUUCGCAAAGAAGGUAUAAGUUAAAUGCAGCCCAGAGGCUAACUUCGUCAGUACAUGACAGGUUUGUAAACACGGCCCUUGUGCCGUGUAGCCGUGACUAAAGUACUCAUGGAAAUGAAAAAAAACACUGUUUUGCUGGAUUUAAUAAUCGACACAAAGCAUUACGUAGAUGUAAAUACGAAAUAACAAAACAACUGGAAAAGUACCAGUCUGG